AAGGGAUUGAAGUUGAUUUACGUUGGCACAAUGGCUACCGUCAGUCAGAUUUGGCCAUUUGAGAGAAGACGCUACCUAAAAGCCCAUGGAAUCACAACAUUGUUCAUUUUGGAUCUAUGUUUGCGAUGUGUGAAUGGGUACCUGAGCUCCCCACACGUGGGCCAGGAGCCCCCUUACAGCCGAGAUGCUCAGCCAGUCAUCACCAGCCCGGUGGUGCCUUCUCCAUCUGCAUCUCCAACUGAUUCAGAUGGCUAUGCUGCCAACUGCCCCAGUGGGGGUCAAUGCAACAGACUGCCUGCUGACUGCUUCAACUGCAGCUAUCAUCACAACUGUAGCUAUGGCAAACCAGCGUCUUUCUCUUGCAAGGCCAAGAGAGGAGUCCACUGCACAGUGGAGUCGGGGAAGCAGCAGACCAACUUCUCCCUGUCCAUCACUUGCCAGUUCUGCUGGCAGCUGGACCUGUCUCAGUACAGGUGCUCCAACUCAACCAGCUGUAUGACCGUUGCCUGCCCUCGCAAACGCUACAAAGCCACCUGCCAAGUACUGGACCACGUUCACUGCUUAGGUAAAAGAGUAUUUCAGAAACGUUUGUACUGCAACUGGACAGGAGGGUACAAGUGGUCUACAGCACUGGCACUCAGCAUUACACUAGGUGGAUUUGGGGCUGACCGGUUCUAUCUAGGCCAGUGGAGAGAGGGUCUGGGCAAGCUGUUCAGUUUCGGUGGCCUGGGCAUCUGGACCCUGAUUGAUGUGCUGCUGAUUGGAGCGGGCUAUGUGGGGCCAGCCGAUGGCUCCCUCUACAUCUGAGAUCUGUGAUUGAUGCCCACUCCACAGGCAUGAUGGUUGUAGGGUUGAUACCCUCUCCAUUUCAGUUUAGACUGUCUGACUGUAAAUAUCCACUCUAUGGAGAUGCCAUUCCAUUAUCACACCAUCUGCUUGCCCAAACUCCCACUGUCUGCAAAGACUGACUUCUUGUCCCAUCUGCCACCAGUUCAGCUUCAAGGUCAGCCUUGUCAGGUCCGCCUCUAGAUCAUCAAGCCCAAGCGUCCUUCACUGAUAUACUGUAAUACAAGCUGCACUGAGCAUCGUUUUGUUUGGUUAAUGGUGAUUAGAGUUGGUCAGGCUGAUAUGGACUGACUGGAGAAUGGGAGGUAGGGACAGUUAAGCAGUGCUUGGAAUUAUAUUGUAACAAUGGCCACCUAUGGUGCUCCAUGGUCAUGCAUAGGAGACCAGUAACCAUGGCUACAGAACACAAAAUGGACUUAUUAUUAUAAUACCGAUAACAGAAACAAAAAGUGCUUGGAAGAAAAGCAGUGUUUCUUCCCUGUAGGUUUUGUAAAAGCAUGUGGCACCUGCUAAGUGUGAUGAACGGUUAUGUGCAUCGGUGGAUAGCAGAUCAACCUUUCAGUGUUCUGUCUGCAAACCAACCAGCAAAAGAGUACUAGAACGGUUAUUUUCUUUGGAGUGUAACAUUGCAACAUGAAUGUCAGAUUGCUUGGUUGAAAAUGUGGUUGGGAUACAGAUUUGGGGAAAUUACAUGGUUAUUAUGGCUGGGGCUUAAAUUGUGUAUUUAUAUUUAUUGCAUUGUGGAUGUGCACCACAGGAGGCUGUUGAGGGGAGGACGGCUCAUAGUAAUGGCUGGAACGGCAUUAAACGCAUGGAAACCAUGUGUUUGAUGUAUUUGAUACUAUUCCGCUCCAGCCAUUAUCAUGAGCCCGUCCUCCCCAAUUAAGGCGCCACCAACCUUCUGUGAUGUGCACCAAUAUGCAUAUGUCAGAUUUAAGCAUUAUAUGGUGAAACGGCUAGCUAGUCAGCGGUGGUGCGCGCUAAAUAGCGUUUCAAUCGGUGAUGUCACUUGCUCUGAGACCUUGAAGUAGUGGUUCCCCUUGCUCUGCAAGGGCCGCGGCUUUUGUGGAGCGAGGGGUAACGAUGCUUCGUGGGUGACUGUUGUUGUGUGCACAGGGUCCCUGGUUCACACCCAGGUAUGGGCGAGAGGACGGUCUAAAGUUCUACUGUUACAAUGGCAUUGCGCUACAGCUCUGCAUGCCUAAAACACACAAUCUGUUCUCGUAAAGCUGUGCAGGCUUCAACUAGGUCACUAACUGGUUCAGAAUGGUUUUAGUACUAGUUUUCAAAGAACUUGUACAACAGGUUUUUUUCUUCAUUGCUAAUCGCCCAGCCCGAAUGGUUACGAUAUGUAACCUCCCAUAUCCAGAGCUUGAGUAUGUGUGCUGCACAAACUGGUAACCUAUAUUUCUGGUGAAAAUGUGUUCAUGUUCUGGAGGUAGGAUUUGUUUUUUUUGGAACACUGUAAUGACAAUGUUUGAGAAUUGUAAAUAUAAAUUUGUGAAAUAUUA